GGUCGGGGGGAGGAAAUGGAGCAGCUGCUGGGAGCUCAGCAGCAGCAACAGCGGCAGCAGCAUCACCAGCCCCAUCGUUCUUCCCUAUCCCCACGGACCCCGACCCGGCCGCAUCUCCAGCACAUCCCCUCCAACAGGUUCCGGGAUCACCACCACCCGCAGCCCCACGCCGGUCUCAGGAUCCUCCGCAUCACCAUCACCCCGCCCUUCUUCCUCCUCCUCCUCGCCGCCGUCUACCUCCUCGCCUCCUUCACCAUCCUCUCCGCGCCCGCCGCCUCGCUCCGCCCCGCCAACAACCCCAACAGGCUCAUCGUCCCCAUGCCGCCGCCUUCCCCGGGCCUUUUCGACCUCGACAACGGCAGGAUUCUCGCCAGGAUCAGCAAUGUCGGCGCCACCGUGACCUCGCUGCUCGUCCCGGACAAGAAAGGGGUUCUUGCUGAUGUGGUGCUUGGAUUCGACUCCCUGGAUCCAUAUCUGAAUGGAACCUCGCCUUACUUUGGCUGCAUUGUUGGGCGAGUUGCAAAUAGAAUCAAGGAUGGAAAGUUUACUUUAAAUGGUGUGCAGCAUAGUCUGUCCAUCAACAGUCCACCGAAUACUCUUCAUGGUGGAUUUAAAGGGUUUGACAAAGUUAUAUGGGAAGUGACUGAAUAUAACAAAGGGAAGACCCCAUCAAUCACCUUGAAAUACUACAGUAAAGAUGGAGAGGAAGGUUUCCCAGGCAAUGUUUCUGUUACUGCCAGGUAUUCUCUUGUAUCAAGCAUGGCGCUGAAGCUAGAGAUGGAGGCUGUGCCUUUGAACAAGGCCACACCCAUCAGUUUAGCACAACACACCUACUGGAAUCUGGCAGGCCACAGCUCAGGAGAUGUGCUUGCACAUUCUCUCCAGAUUCAGGGAUCUCAAAUAACUCCAGUAGAUGAAACCUCAAUACCCACAGGGGAGUUUAUGCCAGUGAGUGGCACACCCUUUGACUUUCUGACAGAGAAUGAGAUCGGUGGCAGGAUUGAUCAAGUCCCUGGUGGUUAUGACCACAACUAUGUGCUUGAUUCUGGGGAAGUGAGGUCAGGCUUGCAGCACGUGGCUAAGGUGACAGACCCUUCAAGCCUUAGGGUCCUAAACAUUUGGUCAGAUGCUCCUGGGGUGCAGUUCUACACUGGUAAUUUUAUUAAUGGUGUAGUGGGAAAAGGAGGUGCUGUCUAUGGGAAGCACGCCGGCCUCUGCCUCGAGACGCAAGGCUUUCCAAAUGCCGUCAACCAACCUAAUUUUCCAUCAGUUGUAGUUCAUCCUGGUGAGAAGUACAUUCAUACAAUGUUGUUUGACUUCUCUACCAGGUGAAGCAGCUCCUGUAGAGAUACACCCUUUUCUUUUUCUUGUCUUUAGUUAUAAACUGCAAUGUAGCAGUAGUUAUUUUGAUUUCUGACAGGGUUAGACAACAGAAUGUAACAAAAUUAGGGAGGAAGGUAGCAAAUAUUGAACAGAAGACUAUUCCUUGCGACUGCACUGCUGUGAAUUGGCGAAACUUAUACUGGAUUAGCAAAUUCUAGCAUGGAGUAGGUAAGAAAUGAGACAGAGCAGUGUACAGUUUGGUAACCAAACCUAAUAGUAUUGUUUGGCUUAUUGCCUUGCUUGAAACGAUAAUAUUUCUACUUUUUGGAUAA